CCGGGACGCGGCGCCGGGUCCGCACCCCGCGGAGCGGCGCGGAGCGGCCCAGCCCGGCCCAGCCCCGGAGCCAUGCCGCUGCCGUGCCGGGGCUGGACGCUGGCGCUGCUCACGCUGCUCGUCGGUUUCCUCAUCUUCGCCGAUAUCUCGGAGAUCGAGGAGGAGAGCGGGAGUUCUGGAGGCAGAGGUACAAUCAGAUCAGCUGUGAACAGCUUACAUAGCAAAUCUAAUAGAGCUGAAGUAGUAAUAAAUGACUCCUCAUCUCCAGCUGUUGUUGACAGAAGUAAUGAAAGCAUUAAGCACAACAUUAAACCAGCCUCAUCCAAAUGGAGACACAACCAGACACUCUCUUUGAAGAUCAGGAAACAGAUCCUGAAGUUCCUGGAUGCAGAGAAGGACAUCUCAGUGCUGAAGGGGACGCUGAAGCCGGGGGACAUCAUCCACUACGUGUUCGACAGGGACAGCACCAUGAACGUCUCGCAGAACCUGUACGAGCUGCUGCCCCGCACCUCUCCCCUCAAGGGCAAGCAGUUCCCCACCUGUGCCAUCGUGGGCAACUCGGGGGUGCUGCUCAGCAGUGGCUGUGGCCCUGAGAUCGAUGCUCACAGCUUUGUCAUAAGGUGCAACCUGGCCCCUGUGCAGGAGUACUCCCAGGACGUGGGCAUGAAGACAGACCUGGUGACCAUGAACCCCUCGGUGAUCCAGCGCGCCUUCGAGGACCUGGUGAACGAGACGUGGCGGGAGAAGCUGCUGCAGCGCCUGCACAGCCUCAACGGCAGCAUCCUCUGGAUCCCAGCCUUCAUGGCCAAGGGGGGCAAGGAGAGAGUGGAGUGGGUGAACGAGCUCAUCCUGAAGCACCACAUCAACGUCAGGACUGCCUACCCCUCGCUGCGCCUGCUGCACGCCGUGCGAGGGUACUGGCUGACCAACAAGGUGCACAUCAAGCGCCCCACCACCGGCCUGCUGAUGUACACGCUGGCCACGCGCUUCUGCAACCAGAUCUAUCUCUACGGCUUCUGGCCCUUCCCCCUGGACCAGAACCAGCACCCGGUCAAGUACCACUACUACGACAGCCUCAAGUACGGCUACACCUCGCAGGCCAGCCCGCACACCAUGCCCUUGGAGUUCAAAGCCUUAAAGACGCUGCACCAGCAGGGAGCCUUGAAGCUGACAGUGGGGGAGUGCGAGGGGGCCACGUAGGGAGGGAGCCUGGCCACGUUCCUGCAGAGCCACGGGAGGAAGGGGAGGGGAGCAGAGGACGAGGGGUGCCUGGCGGGGUUGGCGACACAAAUAUAUCCACGUGGUACCUGUGUGUAUUGACCUGAGUGUUAUAACUGUUCCGUGUUCACCAGGGGAGGGGCAGGACAGCUGCUCCAGCGCCUCGCAGGACUGGCCUGGGCAAGGCCCCCCAGCCGUGGGGCUUGCUGGACUGGAAGGGAGUUUGCACCCCAGAGGUGUGGAGGGGUUUGGUGUGUUAGGUGAUGGGUGACGUUUGUCGUGACUGGUCCGAGGUCGGUAGUUAGUCUGUGUGGCCAAGGCGCGUCCUUGGCCCCGUGCUCGUGGCGGGGAGGGAAGGGACGGGAGCGGGGUGGGCAGGGAAGGUUUGUUGGUGGCUCUCACAGCCCAGGUCCCGUGGCAGCGGGCAGGGAGCAGUGCCAGAUCCAUGCAGGCACAGAGUGCCAGGCUGGGCACAGCCUUCGGGGCAGGGGAAGCCUCUGGGGCUGCAGCUGGGUCUCCAGGAGCAGGCAGGGAGCAGAGCUAAGCUGAUCCCAGUGACACUCACACGUGUGAGAGCCUCCAGAGAAUGACAGCAUCAGUGCUGGGCCAGGGGAUGGUGAGGAGGGUGCUGAAUGUGUAUUCCUUCCUUUUCUGAGGAGCAGAGAUGCUGGAACGUGGCAGGAAGGAGCUUUGCUGCCACAAACCAGCACCACUAGUAUUGAGUAGGCUGACUGUGCCACAGAGACACCCAACAUCUGUCAGGGCUCCUGAAAACCAUAAGUAUAUCCACCUCUAAUUCCCAACUGCUACCUGCUAAGCAGCCUGCCUUCCUUCCCUCUCCAAAAAUUGCCAAAAUAUGGGUGAUAGGCCUAGACCCAGCCAAGCAAAAAGACCACAAGACUUCAAGGAAUUUUUUCAAGUCUAAAUAAUUUAUUUUCAGUUUCUCCCCAAAGAACCAGUGCACAGUGCUGAAUUCCUGGAGUCCCACUCUGACAGUCCUUUCAAGCCCUAAUUAUCUCUCACUCCCAACAGUUAAAUAGGAUGUCAGAUGGAUCGUGAUGGGCUGCUUGCCUAGUGAUAAUCAUCAUAGAAAUAAUCUUUCCUUCUUUUUUUUUUUUUUUUUUCUGCCAGACAGAACCCAGAAUAUAAAGAAUUUUUUAUAACCACAUUUGCUUUUCUCUAAUUUUCGGGGGUUUUGAAGGAAGUAAGUAGAUUGAUCUGAUGAUUCUGUUUCAUUUUCUGCCUCUGCAGCCUAUUCUGUUUGUCUCCUAAUUAGCACUCAGUGCCAGAAUGCAGGUGAGUCCAGGGUUCAGCAAGGACUGUUUGGGUUUAAUUUGUGGGAGAGUAAAUAACACUGCACAGGCAGACCUCAGGCAUGCACUUCACUGCUGCCUUGGCUGGGUAUCAUCACCUUUGGGCCUCCUCCUGCUGCAGUGUUUUUUAAGUUAAAAAGUGUACAGUUUGGGGCUGAAGUACUUGACAUUGUCUCUGAGUGCUUCAAGUGGUAAAAAGAAGAGCUCACUUUCAUGUUUUGGGUCGUAGAAGCUACUGUACCCAUAGGAGCCUCCAGCCUGCUAAUUAGUGUCAGAUGAAGAUGGCUAAGAUUAAGGUAUAAGCAACAUUAUAGUGGAUAAAUGUGGGCUAAUCUGCCACUGAGGGGAUGUUUCUUUCCAGCAACAGAAAAUUAUUUCUUUCAUGUCUUUUUUUUUUUUUUUUUAAACCUGGUAUCUUUUUUUUUUUUCUUUUGGCAUAUUAUUUUUACUUGAAAAAGCUAAACCUGGCUGUGAACCUCAGCUUAAGCUGAGAAAGAAAGAGACAGAGAGUAGAACUGCAGGAUAGAAGGCAUCUGCAAUCCCAGGCAGCUUCCCACGAUCAGGAGUGGUUCUUAAAGCCAGAUAAUUCCCAGGUUUGUUCCCAGCACGAGGGAGGGACAGAGCAGGGCAGGAGCUGCAGGGACUGCUGAAACCAACUGUUGUAUGGAGGGGCCUGGACCAUGGUACUGAUUGCUGUUAGCAAACCUUCUUUUUAAAUAAAA